AUGUGUUGGAUUGAAUUUGGAUCAGAGCAACAGCACAGACAGUCAUGUUAGAACAUUACUUCACAGAGCAUUGAAGUGUUCUAAUAUCUAUGAUUUGGAGAGGUAUUGGUUUUUAUGGUACCUACCUACUGUUACUAGGUUGCUCUGUUUUUUGUUUUGCGUUAGGUAAAAGAGUAAAAUAAUAUAGUGGACCAAAGUAAUACUGUGUGUUAGGUAGGUCCCUUGAGAAGAAACAUUUUCAAAUGGAUAUGCUGGGAGACAAUUUAGAUUUCAUCAAAGCAGGUAAUGCUAAGGGAUCCAUAGAAAAUAUAACACCACAUAAAAUAGCUGUUGUAGCAUUUAUUCGAGAAUAUGGAUUGCUAAAAAUUGAAGCAAAAGAAAUGAUUGAUUGUACGAUGGCACCAAAGUAUCGCAAGGACUUUUGUAUUUUGGCCCUGAAGCUUAUACAGUGUCCAGAUAUGGAAUUCAAAGAGUUGGAAGCCCUUCUCAAAGAUGGCCGUUACAACUUAUUAAGUGUACACAUACAAAACUUUUGUGUCCGCCUUCAAAACAUUUAUGCUAAUGGCAUAAAUGCUCUCAAAGAUUGUGUCACAUCAACUAUUGAUAAACUAAUGGUUGAACAAAGUGAAACUAACCCAUGCAUAAUUACUAGAUACAGUGUUUUAGGUUUUUACUUGCGAAGAAUAAUGCUAUACCUAGACAAACUUUCAUUUAGUCAAGUUGUGUCAUUGUAUAAAUCGUUUUGUUUAUAUUAUCAAAGAGGUCGGCCUGGACUAAUGAUGCGAUCAUUAAGUAAAGAGAAAUUAAAUAAUAUGGAGCCUCAAACGAGUGCCCCGUCUACAUCCCCAGUGUUGACAGAGGAAACUAAACGUCAAGAAUUUUCAAUGAGAAUGAAUGUGAUUGACAGAGAUAAUUUUGAAGAAGCCCAAUGGUCACGCAAGCAAGCAGAAUUAUUUAUAGCACAGCAAGCAAAUUUAUUACAAAUUAAUGAGAAGAAAGCUUUACCUCCGAAACAACUUCAGAAAACUAUUAUACAGAUAAUGAAUGACGUACCUGAUUUACCUGAAAUUCAUUUCCUUAGCUUCCUAAACUGUAUACGGAUGAAGGAGUUCUGUGGCGCUCAGGAUUCGCUGUACCAUUGCUUCGACCGCACAGUAUUCAGCGUGACAAACAGUAACAACAAUCCCAAUAAUAAUGUAUGCAACGACAGGAACAAGAAUAUUCGGUAUGCAGCGCUCAACAGAGCCGCAAUGCAUACUCAAUUCGGACAUAAGUCGGUGGCGAUGGAGGCGGUGCGCGAGGCGCUGGCGGCGGCGCAGGAGGCGGCGGACGGCGGCUGCCUGGCGCACGGCGCGGCGUGGGGCGCGCUGGCGGGCGGGCGCGCGCGCCGGCGGGCGCUGCUGGCAGGCGCGCCCCGCGUGCCGCGCCAGGCCGCCGCCGCCGCGCUGCUGCGCGCGCAGCACGCCGCCGUUAACGGCGCCACACCCGCCGAUGUCUUCCAGAUUAUAACUAAAGGUGACACCAUAAAUUACCUACAUUCUAUGACUGACAUGACGAUGGCCGGUCUAGCAAACACGGCCGCGCUCUGGUCGCUUUAUGGGAAGACUGAAAUGGCGUCUGUCAACUGCCAGUUAUUGCUCAAUCUUAAUACUAAGAGUUUGAGUUGGAGCGUGGGCGUGGGCGGCGGCGACGGCGAGAGCGAGGGCGAGGGCGGCGGCGCGGCGUGGGGAUGGACGGCGGCGGCGUGCGCGGCGUGGUGGCGGUCGCAGCCCGCGCUGGCGGCCGCGCUCGCGCAGCGCCGCGCGCCCGCCGCCGCCGAGCGCUGCCACGCGCAAGACGCGCUGAGGGCCGGUAAAUGGGAGGAAGCUGAUCAAAGCAUAAAACGGUUGGCAUCAUUAGACAGAUGGGAGAGUCAACUUCUGAAAGCGGAAAUGUUCUUUUUGAAAGGAGACGCGACUGAAUCGCUUCGUUCACUACACGACGUACUCGACUACUGCAAAUCAGAAGACGACAGUUUACACUACAUAUCGCUGCGAGUGAGAGCAAUGAUACUGAUGUCGCAAGUUCAACACACCUUCAGCAGCAUUCAGUCAACCAAUAUCAUGAUUCUCAACGAAGCAUUGUCUUUGGCCAAAAAAUACCAUUUGCAUUACUUGGCUGCUACUGUAGAAAUGCAUAUUGCAAAUGUACAAUUACACACUGGGUGUUCAAAGAACGCAUUGGUUCUUGUAAGGAAAGUGUUGCCUACGAUUAUGGCACAUGGUAGUACCUACGAUAUGGCGAGGGCGCUGCUGCUGUACACGAAGUGCCUUGUGUCGUCGGCGGCGGCGGGCGGCGCGGCGCGCGCGCACUCGCUGCAGGCGAGCUGCGCCGCGCUCGACCGCGUCAAGCUGUACUUCGCCAGCGUCGGCGCGCACGACCGCCUGCUGCACACCUGGUACUUACAGGCUCAAUUAUAUCACGAUAUCGGAAACCUUGCGGCAAGAAAUCAAUGUGCGUGGAUGUACAGACAGUUGGAAACGCAAAAUCCAGUGGAACCGUCAAAUACGCUUCUCAUUAUGUAUUAACAUUCUUGAUAUGAUUUGGUAAAAUAAAUAGUUUUAAAGCAA